AUGUCUAGCACCCCCGCGAAAUUUAAGUUGCUAGAUGGCAUCGACGAGUUACGAGCGAUUGGAGUGGGCAGUCUCGUGGAACUUCCUCAGCUGGUGAGUUCCAUCCUUGAAGCUAUCUCCAAAGUUAAAUUCCCAGCGAAAAGCAACAUCUGUACGAGAUUCGCGACCGAAGUCAUCCUGCGCCGGAGCCCAACACCCACAAUUAAGACCUCCAUUGAAUCGGGGCCAUCGCGUAAGGAUGCACGAGAACGAGCAAUUCUGCAGGCGUUCGCACGGGAGCUGUCCCCAGCCGAUCAUGACUUACCAACUGUCAUCGAGAUGGCCAAAGCCCAUAUGGGCGUAAAUAAAACAGCCCAUUCUAGAUUUAGUGAUUAUGUUCUCAAGGUCGAGAUUCUGGGACCUGAUCAGCCGGAAUUGACCUUGGUGGACUUGCCUGGCCUUUAUUACUCUGUGAGCCAGGACCAAAGCUUGCAAGGAAUCAGGGUUGUUCGAACCUUGACCGAGAAGUAUAUGAAGAAUAGAAGAAGCAUCAUUCUUGCGGUCAUCAGCGCAAAGGCCGACUGCCAUCUCCAGGAGGUUCUGAACAUCGCUGAACGGUUUGAUUCAAAGCGGGAGCGCACGCUCGGGAUCAUCACGCAACCGGAUACUCUUGAACCCGACUCGGAGGAGGAGAAGACGUAUCCCCAUUUUGUCUCUAAUGAAAAGAUUCAAUUGCAGUUAGGAUGGCACAUCUUGCGCAAUCGCUCCUUUGAACCACUGGACAUCCCGGAUGACGCCCGCAAUGCAAGAGAGAAGGGAUUAUCAACCAAGGCCGAUGUGUCGGAAUCGAGAGUCUCCGGCGGCGCCUCAGCAGUAUUUUGUUCAUCCAAAUUCGUCGUAACCUCCCCGGGCUCUUAG